AUGCAUGACCUUGUAAAUGAUUUAGCAAAUUCAGUCUCCGAAGGAUUUUGUUUGAGGAUGGAAGGUGAUAAGGUGCAAAAUAAUAUUAAUGAAUGGAUACGCUAUUGUUCCUGCUCAGGUGGGUUCCUGCGGGGUGAUGAAAUAUCAUUGGAACCUAUUUAUGUGUGCAAGCAGUUACGUUGUUUUGCUCAACUACAAGGAUAUGGUCGUAUUGGUGGUCAGGUUGAAACGUUUUCAAGAUUUAAGCACCUGCGAAUUUUGACCUUGAAGGAAGUUUAUACUAACACUGAAUUAAGUGAUGGUGUAAGGAAUUUAAAUUGCCUUCGUUAUUUAGACCUCUCUGGUACUGAGUUUGGAAAGUUACCGGAUUCAAUCUGCACUAUGUAUAAUUUGCAAACUUUGAAAUUGAACGGGUGCCAUAAGCUUGUUCAGUUACCUAAAGAUUUGUACAAAUUAAUCAAUUUGCAUUAUUUAGACCUUUCUUGUACUGGGAUCAGCAAGUUACCUGAUUCAAUUUGUAAGGUGCGCAGUUUGCAAACGUUGAAAUUGCGAGGGUGUGGGUCUUUGGCUGAAUUGCCACCAGAUUUGUCCAAUCUCAUCAAUCUUCGACAUCUUGAUUUGGUUGGGACUUGUAUAAGGGAGAUGCCAAUGAACAUGGGAAGGAUGAAAUAUCUUCAGGUAUUGACAAGGUUCUGUGUGGGAAAGCAAAGGGGAUCUAAUAUUAAGGAGUUAGGAAAACUCAAUUAUCUUCGAGGCAGGCUUGAGAUUUUUCAGUUGUAUAACAUCAAUGAUCCAAUGGACGCGGGGGAGGCCAAGAUGAAAGAGAAGAAUUACUUGAAUGAAUUGACUUUGGGAUGGAGUGGAAACAAUGAGGAUUUACAAAAUGAAAGGUCCGUUUUGGAGGCUCUUCAACCUCAUAUCAGCUUGAAAGGUCUUGGUAUUAGAAACUAUGGUGGCACAAGGUUUGUGGACUGGAUGGAUGCUCCUUAUCUACCUAAUUUAGUAUCUCUUUGGUUGUACAAUUGUAAAUAUUGCUUUUGUUUACCACCACUUGGGCAGCUGCCCUGUCUAAAUAGGCUUUCGAUUUGGGGAUUAAAAGGAAUAAGGGAGAUUGGGUCAGAUUUUUACGGGGAGAAUUUGUCAAUUGCUCCGUUUCCAUCCCUUGAAUAUUUGGAAAUUGAAGAUAUGGGGGAAUUGGAAGAAUGGAAGCAUUUUGAAGGGGAAUGUUUUCCUCGCCUUAAACACAUGUUUAUAAGAAGCUGUCCGAAAUUAAGGAAAUCCCUUCCUUUAUGCCUUCCAUGUUUGGAAUGUCUAGAGAUUAGAGGAUGUGAAGGCUUGGAACUUGAAUCAUUCCCUAUGAAAGAUUCCUCCUAUCCGAAACUUGAAGUGAUCAUCCUUGCUGGCAUGACCCAACUGAAGUCACUUCAUGAAGACAUGCAUGCACUAUUCCCCUGCCUUCGUUCUUUAGAGCUGAAGAGAUGUCCACAGCUGCAAUUGGUUCCUCAAAGAGGUUUUCCUUCAAGCCUUAUCGGAAUUGCAAUAUAUGAUUGUCCGAAACUCAUUGAUUCUCGUAUGUGCUGGGGCUUGCACAGGCUUCAUUCUCUAAAAGAGUUAGAAGUGGGUAAUCAUGAUUUUGAAAAUGCCGAGUCUUUCUUAGAAGAGCAACAUUUGCCGCCCAAUCUUACAUCUCUUAUUCUUUAUGGAUGUUCAAAUUUGACAAAAAUAAACAACAAUGGCCUUCUCUCCCUCACAUCUUUUAAAUGGCUAAAGAUUAGGGAUUGCCCAAAUCUCGAGUGCUUGCCAGAGGAAGGUUUACCCAACUCCCUUUCUUCAAUAUGGAUUAGUGGAAAUAGUCCAUUACUAAAGCAGCGGUACCAAAAAGUGGAUGGACCAGGCUGGCAUAAAAUUUCUCACAUUACAGACGUGCGUAUAGAUUAGAUGGAACUGCAUUCCCUUACAGGUUGGAGUACGCUUGAAUGGCUCGGACAGGGCAGGGUUGAUCAGGCUUUCGGACAAUGUGCACAAACCUACCCAUAAAUAAGAAGCUUUUUCCUUCGUUCAUUCACCCGGGAGUCAUGAUGCAUAUAUUGAGUUUCGUUACUAAUAUUCUUUCUUCAUUAAAGGAAUGCUUAGCGAUAUACCAAGUCUUUGGACUAUCCUGAGUUUCCCAGAAUCAUAUGCCAUCCCAUGUAUUGCCAAUCCUUGUUGUGAUCUUCAUCUUCCUCGGCAUCUCAUGGCUCUUCUUGGAGAUGAAAAUCCUGAUAAUAUGAUCAUCAUGCAAAGUUUCAUGAAUCUAUAACCCUUAUACUUGUCUUAACAACAAGCUCAAGAAUUUUAUCAGAAAUGCUAAGCCAAAUACCAUGGAUUUGGACUAUCCUGAGUGUCAAGGUGUGAAAAGUAAAUUUGUGAAGAUCCCAUCCUCACAUGAAAUUUUGUCCACAGAACCACAUGGUCGAACCUUCCUCUAUCCAACCUCAUCUUCCCAUGUGCUGGUAGUCCUAGUUGUGGUCUUCAUCUACCUCGGCAGGCAUUGUUCAAUAAGACAGUUGUCAAAAGUGCAAAUGAACAGUGGGGUUGGAUUCUAUUCACUACCCUAGUUGUGAUAUUGCUCUUAAUUUUCUACUGAGAGGAAGAAAGGAGGACCCAUCAUUUUCCAUUUAUUGUAGUUGCUUAUCGUGGUUCUGUAAGAAUCACCUUCCUUGGAACUAAAGUUUUGCUCUGUUUGGUUUCUAUUUCUAGAGUUGGAUUUGCAUCUGAAAUAAGUUUGCCAAGCUUGUCUGUGAAAGUCGCAACAAGUGACAACUAACAAAAGCUAAUGGCACGCUGAGUAUUCAAAUUUAUGGAUUAGUUGCAAACGAUCAAUGGCAAGCUAGAGAUGCUGUCAAAGCUAUUAAAACAACCAAAAGAAGGAAAAAGGCUUUGUGGCAAAUCCGAAUAAUUAACUUCAUUGGGUCAUGUUUGUAGUUCUUUAUUCGUCUAUCCGGGAGUUAUGAUGCAUAUGGAGUUUUUGCACCGUUUUUCCUUCUCAAUUAAAGGAAUGCUAUGCCAGAAGAUACCAAGUCUUUAGGCUAUCCUGAUGAGAUUCUUAGAAUCAUAUGCCAUCCCUUAUACUGCCAAUCCUAGUUGUGAUUUUCAUCUUCCUUGGCAUCUCAUGGUACUUCUAUAAGCUGCAUUGUUGGAUUUUACUUGUGAUGCCAGUUAUGAUACUACUCUUACUUCAAUGGUAAUUUCCAGGGAUGCAUUUAGCCUUUUCAAAACAACUUUUGUAGGCACUAUUUGUUUCUUCAAUGGAAGUUGACAACUUUCUUAGUGAUCCAUAACUGACAUUUAACACUUGAAGCGUAAUCUGUUCUGCAUUAGCAUUCCCUUCUACAUCAUCUAUUUACUUCUAAUCUUAUUUAUUUGUUAAUUGAUUUCAAUCUGAAACAUAAGCAAGAGUAUUAUUGCUGCAACUGUUUGAAAUUGAUUGGUUUCAAAACAUUGAAAUCUGUGAAUGAGUUGCUCAAUUCAAAGAUAUCUAUAGUGCAUUUAUGUCCUUCUAUGAGACUUUUUUCAGGAUUGAUUACUGUCCUAGAACAUUGCCAAUGGUAUUGUAUGAUGGUAUGAAACUAAACUGAAUAUAUUGUUCAACAUGAUUCUUUUCCACUAAUGUUUUGCUACAAUCCAUAAUUCCCCAUGAAAAUGUGUCAUGCCAAAAAUUGAUUGCUGGUCGCUUGGGAUUCCUUUGUUUUCAUGAUGACUGCAUUUUCUAUGAAAAAGUCUUAGUUCAGUAGAAACAAUCUGAUGUGUUGGUGCCUAGCUUAGUUUUCAAUUUUAAGAAUGUCUACCUCGAUCCAUGGCUUGAUUGUGGAGCUGAAUGCCUUUUAUCUUGAUGUAUUCAACCAUGGUAUAUAUAUUCUUGAAUUUGAAGGCUAGCUAGUGAUGUUAAGGCUAUUAAGAAGAGGCAUUGUAACGAAAAUUUCAAUACCUUAAACCAUUAUGAGAAUGUAAAUCUUCAUGUAAUUCUUGACACUGUCUAUUCCUCACACAUGCUUCAUUGUGUAAUAUUACCCAACUUGAAAUUUACGUUCUUUGCUUUCCUGUUCUAUGAUGUUGUACUAAAUGAUCUGUUCAUCUGCUAAUUUUCUAGCUGAUGGAAAUGUUGAUCAAUAAAAUUGGAGACCAUAUUCAAAAAACUAAAGAAGAAUUAUAUUCCACGCAGCAAUGGCAAACAAAUCUUAUGGUCUUGGCUUUUCUAUUCAUGCCGCUUAGAUUGAAGCAGAGAAUUAGAGAAUAUUCUUGCAAGAUUGAGAGACCUAUAUGCUCUUAAUUUUCCAUGGUUAUUUCAGAUUAGUUAAGUUCACCGUUAGCUCUUCAACAUGAGAGGAAGAACUAUAAGACUCAUCGUUUUCACAUCAGACAGUUGGAUUUGAAUCUGAAGUAAAGCUUUCAACCUUGUCAAUCAACGUUGCAACAAGUGAAUUACUGGCAAAGACUAAUGGCAUUGAAAUUUAUGAAUUAGUUGCUCGUAAUCAAAGGCAACCCAGAAAUGCUGUCAAAGCUGUUAAAAAGAAAAAGCUUUGUAGCAAAUCCCAUUAAUUAUCUUCAUUCAGUCAUGUUGUAUGGUGUUGUGCUGAAUGAUCUGUUCAUUCACUGAUUUUCUAGACGUUGGAAAUGUUGACAAAUAAUAUAGGAGAAGAUCAUGUUCAAAGUCAAAGAAGAAUCAUGCUCCAUCCUGCAAUUGCCAAUAGAUUUAGUGGCCCUACCUUUGUUGUUGAUGCUACUUGUACUGAAGCAGAGAAGUUAAACAUUGUGCCUUUAUAAUGUAGGGAGCUUGUAAAUUGUUGAUGCUAUUUCUUGUAUAACAAUUACUUUAAGUACUUGAAAUUAGUUAUGUUGCUUCAGUACUAGCUGGAACUAAGAGAGCUGUGGGUGAAGCUCGUUCUAAAGCUUUUGAAGAAUUUUAUAAGAACCUUGAGACGAAGGAAGGAGAGCAAAAUAUUUAUAAGAUUGCCAAGAGUAGGGAAAGAAAAUCAAGAGAUCUAGAACAGGUAAGGUGUAUUAAGGAUGAAGAGGGGAGAAUUUUAGUUACAGAUGAUGAAAUUAAAAAUAGAUGGGAGACUUACUUUUCUAAACUUUUCAAUGAUGGAGAGGAUUCAUCUAGUAACUUGGAGAAUUUAGUAACUGGUGAAGGAGAACAAAAUUUAUCAUUCUAUCGAAUAAUACGUGAUAAGGAGGUAAAGAAAGCUCUUAAGAAAAUGGCAAAUGAUAGAGUCAACGGACCUGAUUGUAUAUCUAUCGAAGCGUGGAAAUGUUUAGGUAAAGAAGGGGUGAGAUGGUUAACUAAGUUAUUUAAUGUGAUUUUACGGUCCAAGAAAAUGCCUGAUGAGUGGAGGAGAAGUACAUUAAUUCCUGUUUAUAAAAAUAAAGGAGAUAUUCAGAAUUGUAUUAACUAUAGAGGAAUUAAACUCAUGAGCCACACAAUGAAAUUGUGGGAGAAAGUAAUUGAGCACAGGUUAAGAUUGGAGACAAGUAUUUCUGAGAAUCAAUUUGGUUUUAUGCCAGGUAGAUCAACUAUAGAGGCGAUUUAUCUACUAAGGGGAUUAAUGGAAAAGUAUCGUUGUAAAGAUAAAGAUCUACAUAUGGUUUUUAUUAAUUUGGAAAAAGCUUAUGACCGUAUACCAAGAGAAGUGCUUUGGAAAGCGUUGGAAAAAAAGGGAGUACGGAUUGCUUAUAUUAAAGCCAUACAAGAUAUGUAUGAGGGGGUAAAAAUUAGUAUAAGAACACCUAGUGGUCAAACAAAGGAUUUUCCUAUAAAGAUUGGACUACAUCAGGGAUCAUCUCUGAGUUCUUAUUUGUUCAACUUGAUUUUUAAUGUUUUGACGGAACAUAUUCAAGAGGAAAUCCCGAAAUGUAUGCUCUUCGCGGAUGAUAUAGUUCUUAUAGCAGAGACAAGAGAAGAGGUUAAUUGUAAACUUGAGUUAUGGAGUAGGACAUUGGAGUUGAAAGGUUUUCGUCUGAGUAGAAGUAAGACGGAAUAUUUAUAUUAUAAAUUUGGUAAAGGAAUAUUCAAUAAUAAUUUGGAAGUGAAAUUGGGAGAUCAAAUUAUACCUCAAGUGGAAAAGUUUAGAUAUUUGGGAGCCAUUAUUCAAAAUGAUGGCGAAAUCAGUGGAGAUAUUUUAUAUAGAAUUCAAGCUGGGUGAUUUAAUUGGAGAAAAACUAAAGGAGUUAUUUGCGACCGUAAGGUGCCUAAUAAACUUAAAGGAAAGUUUUAUCGCACUGCUAUCAGACCGGCAAUGUUAUAUAGUAGUGAAUGCUGGGCUCUAACGGGACAGCAAGAGCAUAAAGUUGGAGUAGCAGAGAUGAGAAUGUUACGAUGGAUGUGCGGACAUACACGUAAAGAUAAAAUUCGAAAUGAGCACGUACGCGAAAAAGUGAGGGUGGCACCUAUUGAGGAAAAAAUGAUAGAAAAUCGGUUGAGAUAGUUUGAGCAUGUACAAAGAAGACUAAGGGAGGCACCAGUGAGAAGAGUGGAACAUAUAACUUUGAGUCUGAUUAAGAGAGGUAGAGGAAGGCCUAAGAGAACACUCUUGGAAGUUGUUGAACGCGAUCUCUUAAUUAAUAAUAUUCCUAAAAGCUUGAUAAAUGAUAGAGCACAAUGACGUCUUGCAAUCCAUGUAGCCGACCCCACCUAGUGGGAUAAAGGUUUGUUGUUGUUGUUAUUGCUUCAGUACUAGCUGGGGCCACAGAAACCUAUUGAAGGGGUCCAUUGGAGAUUAUGAUAAUGUUUGUUUGUAUAUUGGUCAUUAAGAGAUUAGAACUUUCAUAUGGUAACCAAAUUCUAUGUUUUUUUUAAAUGGAGUUUUUGGUUAUUCUCAAAA